UGAAUGACAAGACGUCACGCAGUAGCUGAAGCAUUUCUGACACCUGGGAGGGUUUUGUUGUACUGUACAGUCAACGUUCAGAGGACUCUGCAUGUGUAGGCUCAUGAUGGAAUUUGCUUGUGGGUUUGUUUAUGUGUCGCCAUCAGUGACUCAGAAGGACAGCCAGCGAUCCAAUGCCAAUGUCAUUAAGCGCUCAGCUCUCCUCCCACCUCUCAGCCGGGUCCGUCCUCGCGCUCCUCCACCUCCUCCUCCAACAAACCCCACGGAGGACAAAUCGCCGAAAUCCCUCCCGUCUCCCACCAAGAUCAUUGAACAGUUGGAAAAGGGCAGGGAGUUGAAGAAGGUUGUGAAGUCCACUCCCUUCUAUGAAAAUACAGAAUUUCACAAAAAAUCGGAGGUCACCUCUUCCAUCACUCCUCAGCAGACAACACCUCCUCGGAAAACAGCUCUUCUUCCACCACACAUGCGACCUGCAGCAAGCAGCCAGCCCCUCUCUUCCCUCAGCGCCAACACUCAGACAUUUACCUAUGACCUCCCGGAAGAUGAGCCAGAUUUAAACAUGCAACUCUGGCACCCAGACUACUCAUACACCACACCAGAAGGCACGGGGGUCCAGGUGAAGCUGCCAGCUGAUACUAGCAGCGUGUCGGCCCAGACGUCAGCCUCAGCCCCACCCCUUCCUCCGAGACCUUCAUUCAUGAAGUCAAUACCAGACUACCUGGUUCUGUUACCCUCGUCCCACUCGUCUCCCUCAUCAUCUCAGAAAUCACCUUCUGACCCGUCACUUGUCCCACCGCCGGCCAGUAAAGGAUCAGCAGAUCAGGGGCCUCUGCCAGGGAAUCCUAAUGUGGUCCUUGUCAGUUUAGGAAAAUUACUCUCGGAGGAAAGAGUGCAGACCAUACAAGGAGAACCCACCUCCUGCUCCCAGUGUGGCUCUGUGCUGGACUCCUCCUAUGACAACGUGGUUAACACGUGUUACUUCUGUCAGUCCUGGCAGUCCGCCAGCCCUCCCAGUAUACCGCAGUGUCCCCUUACUGGUUACCAGGAUGGCCUCUUUUUGCUCUGUCCUAAUGAAACCCCCCCGUGUGCUGCCAAGGCUCUGCUGCUCUUCUGCAUCGACAUCUCAGGCUCCAUGAGCAUCACCUCCCAGGUGUCAGAGGGGGAGCAUCUUGUCCACAGAUCCCGUCUGCAGUUUGUCAAGGAAGCCGUGCUGCAGUGUGUUCAGAGGCUAAGUGAACAACAACCUGACAUACGAGUGGGACUCAUCACCUUCAACUAUGAGGUCACAAUGCAUGGAUAUGACAACUUCGCGUCACGCGUCCUGAGCGGUGCAGAGCUGACUGAUAGCAACUAUCUGAAAGAGGCUGCAGCUGGUUUCCCCAGUCCACCUCCGCUCUCACAGACCAAGGACUACUUACAAAGACAAGUUCUGGGAUUAUCUGAGAGUGGGACCACAGCUCUCGGUCCGGCUGCUCUCCUGGCGAUUGCAAUGGCCUCCAGACAACCAGGGUCCAAAGUGAUUAUCUGUACAGAUGGGAAGGCCAACACAGAGCUGGGGAAUCUGGAGGAAGAGGAUAUUGGUGCUCGCACCCUCCUCUCAUCCACCAUCUUCUACCAGGAGCUUGGGGAAUAUGCUGCCAGUGAGGGUGUGACAGUGUCUGUGCUGUCCAUCGAGGGAACUGACUGCAGGCUGGACGAGCUGGGAAGACUCGCUGAUCGCACAGGGGGGAAAGUGGUGAUAGCAAGUCCUAAAAGUUUGCACCAAGAGUUUGAACAGAUCAUUGAGAACAGGACCAUAGCUACACAUUGUACUGUCACAUUACUGCUGCCCCAAUCACUGCAUAUGAGAGGAGAGAGACAGGCAGGACACAAAGGGACCAGAGAGGUGGGAAACGUGGACCGAGAUACAGAGAUCACCUUCCAGUUUGGAGCCAAUGAACAGGAUGCAGAAGUGGCAGCGGCAGCCUGUGGUAGCCGUGUGUCCAUCCAGCUGCAGAUCAGGUACAGACAGAGGAACGGACCGACGCUGCUCAGAGUGAUCACUUCAGACCGAGAUGUUUCUGAUGACAGCUCGGCAGCCCUGUCCUCCCUGUCUCUGGCCAUCAUUCAGCUCAACUCGUCGCAGGCCAGCGCCGCUCUGGCCGUGAGGGGCCGCUUCCUCGACGCCAGGAGAGAAGGCGAGCUGCAGAGGAAGCUGAUCGAGAGAGCAAUAGAGCAUAAUCGCAGCGUGGAGGACAAGCAGACAUACCAAGACUGGGUUAAAACCAUGGAGCCAAUAUACAACAACAUACAUAACUUCACAAGGAGAAUAUCUGUUGUUUCAGACUCACAGCAGUCUCUAACAGACGCUGGUGCAGCGCUGCUCUACGCCAUGAAGCACAGCAACAGGAAGUCAAUCUCACUGAAGAAUAAACAGAAACUCUAGCCAACUGCUCAGCCUCCACCUUUUACCUCAUUGGAAGCAACUCAAGUCAUGAAUGACAAGGAUAAAAGCUACCGUUUGACUUCGAUUAUCCGGCUGAAUAAAUAUCCUGCACAUAUUUCACAAUGGAAAUGAUGUAUGACGGCAUAUCAACAUAUAAGAAUGAUUUUACUUCAUUACAAACACACAGUAUAUGCACUAAAUCAGACAAUGCAUCUAUACAAGUACAGCAAAAACAUGUGUCGUCUGACUCAUGUAUUUUAAAUCAGAAUGUUGUGAAGAAGAUGAAGAACUGUCAAUAUUUAAACGUUGCAAAGGUAGCGAGCAGUGUGAAAUAAGACUGAACAAACAAUAAUCAGCCCUGAGAUGGAAGGCAAAGCAUAAAUAGACAUGUGUUUCUCUGGGGCGGCCCCAACAUAAACAUAGAACUCGGAGCAGAUGUCUGCUGAACAUCUGUCUCUGUGGAGAUCUAUGACCGUCCUGCCCCCGGGGGCUGUGGAGGCAGCCCGAGCUUCCUCCUUCCCCCGAGCCCCCGGCGCCACAUCAGUGGCCAGGAAGCGCAGGUGGGAGGCAAACAGCUCCGUGAGCUGGAUGACCGGCACGUAGAUGAAGUCCCAGGACGCCGUCGCAGGCUUGUGGGAGCGUCUACUGAAACAGGCUCCGGCGCAGAUGCUGUCCCCGGUGCCGCUGCGGGUGAAGUCAGCGCCCAGUUUGGUGAAGGGCAGCUCACACAGCAGGAGAGUCACCAGACGGCUACACAGGACUUGUAAGUGGUGGUGGCACCCAUCGCUGAGGAUGAGGCCUGUUACCAUGGCCGCCAUCGUCACUCCUAGCUGUUGUUGGGAAUCUUAACAGCAUGGAAGUUGAAUAAAAGUAAAAGACUACUGUUUAAAGUGUAAUUACAUACUUCUGAUGCAUCAUUUCACUUUCAAUUGAUCACAAGAACCUACUGAAGAUUUUGUCCCCAUGUCAAUAAUUUUCUGUCCAAUAAAGCUGCACCACCAGCUCCCAACUGA